GUCCCACUCUUUGCUCUCUAUUGAUCGCCAACCAUACACAGCAAGGAACCACGCCUUGAUGUCCGGCUUGCUCGCAUCGAGACUUCAACCCCGGAACUCGCAACUUCCUGACCUUCUUUCCUUCCUGAACUCCAAGGACCUGGACGGGCAGCGCAACCGCCCCAUAUGGCCGGCCUGACGCCUGAGCAGCUCGCCAGCUUCGACCGGGACGGCUACCUCAUCGUGCCCGGCGCGCUGCGGCCCGACACGGUGGUGGGGCUCCUCGCCGAGACCCGCCGGCUGUUGUCGUCCUUCUCCCUGGCCGACCAUCCGCUGACGCGCUUCUCGACGGGCGAGAAGAGCGACCACGUCGGCGACGACUACUUCCUCACCUCGGGCGACAAGGUGCGCUUCUUCUUCGAGGAGGACGCCUUUGACGACGCGGGCAACUUGACCAAGGACAAGGAGCGCGCGGUGAACAAGAUCGGGCAUGCGCUACACACGCUGAGCCCGCCGUUCAAGGCGCUGCUCCUCCCCGAUGAUGAUGAUGACGAUCAGCGGGAGCAGGCACAGCAGCAGCAGCAGCAAGUGAGCCCCGCGGCGGUGGCGCGCUCGCUGGGAUUCCGGGACCCGCGCUGCCUGCAGAGCAUGGUCAUCUGCAAACAGCCCGAGAUUGGGGGCGCCGUGCCGCCGCACCAGGACUCGACCUUUUUGUACACGGACCCGCCCUCGGCCGUGGGCUUCUGGUACGCCCUCGAGGACGCGACGCUCGAGAACGGCUGCCUGAGCUUCCUCCCCGGGUCCCACCGCUGGGCCCCCGUGGAGAAGCGUCUCGUGCGCAGGUCGCCCGCCGGCAGCAGCAGCGGUGGCGCGGGCGGCACGGAGAUGGUGGACAAUGACGGGCCGCGGUUCCCCUCCUCUCGCGAAGAGGAGGAGAGGACGAAGCCGGACGGCGUGGUGGGAGGCGACGACGCAGCGGCCUAUGUGCCUGGCGAGGUCAAGGCGGGGGACCUGGUGCUCAUCCACGGCAACUUGCUGCACAAGAGCGAGAGGAACACCAGCCAAAAGGGGAGGAUAAUCUACACGUUCCACAUCAUCGAGUGGGAGGGCACCCGUUACGACAAGAGGAACUGGCUGCAGCCCCCUGCAGAAGGGUUCACAAGACUGUACGCCUGAGAAGUGGUGGGCGGCGCCACGCAAACAUGUAUGAAAGAGGCAAGGCCGAUGAACCGCCAGGAUAGCAGUAUCGGCGGUGGCGGGAGGGCGUUCUUCAAGCGACGCGUGUCUAUAUCUAAGCUAGUGUCUAUACAAAGUUGACUUUGGCCAGCCCCGCCGGGGUGCUUUGGCCUACAUG